CGCUUUGCGCGAGACAGACGAUUCUCAUAACGGAAAAUAUUGAUAUUACAAUGAGCUUUUUUAACCUGGACCGGUUCCGUUUCCAAAGGGACAAUGCAGGUGUCAGUCACGGUAAACCAUUGGAUGAAUCCAGCUCGGAUAAGGAGAACCAGCGCGCCCACCAAAGAAAGACCGAUGGUCGAUGUUCAUCAGGCAAGACAUCAAGACACACAUUGGGGGAUGUAUUUGCUGAUGACACAAUUGUCAAGAUGAGCAAAGAUUCAACAGAGUCCAAGCACCAGAUGAACAAGGACAUGGAGGACAGAAUAAUCAAACUAUUGGAGAUCUUCCCUCAGAAGAGUAAGAAAGAUCUACUUGAGGUGGUUGAGAGCACCAGCACACUGGAGGGAGCUAUAGCACAUUGUUUAAUGGUUUAUGGGGAUGAAGAUUCAGGCAGACAGAAAGGCAAAGCGGGACAUAGCGAUGAUGAUCAGCCAAAGAAGAGGAGAAAAAUUGUGGGUUCAGAUUCGGAAUCUGAGGAGGAUGAAGAUUCUGAGGAUGAGGAGAGUCAAGAGCCAAGCAGAGAGAAGCAGGAGGAUUUAUUGAAGAAGAUGAAGAAGAAACUACCUGAUAUCAAAAAAGAGGUCCUGAGGGAUGUCCUGAGAGAGCAUGACUGGGACUAUGACAAUGCAUUGGGAUCACUGCUUGUGUUUUCAUCAACAGAUUCAAGUUCACCAGAAGAUCAGAGAAAGCAAGAGUCAAAAUCUUCUUACUCCAGGGAAAAAAAUGACAAGACUCUACAAAAGGCCGACAGCUCGUCUAGUCUGUCAAGAUGGCUGACAGUAGCACCGUCUCCCAUGUCAAAAGUCUCGAGUGUGUCUACUCCAAAAACACACAAAUCUGCAGUCAGCAAAAGCACGACCAAGAACGCAUCCUUUAAACGGAAGAGAGGCGAUGAAUUGCCUCUUGAUGACAGCAGUGCAUCUGAGGAUGAAGAUGAGAUUGACAGUGAUGUUGAGAGUAUCUCUGAUGAUCUGGACUCGGAGGAUGAGGAGGAGAGUGUCUCUGACAGUCUUCAGGACAAAAUCAUUAAGUUUCUCCAAGAGGCUUCCCUAGAUGAGCUUGCUCUGAUAUCUGGCUGCUCGAUCAAAAAAGCCCAGAAGAUCAUUUCGCUGAGGCCUUUCAACAAUUGGAAAGAUGUGAAAGAGCAGUUCUAUAAGGAUAAUGGGCUGUCUAUAGACCUGGUACAUGGCUGCAAGGUGGUGCUUAAGGAGAGGCAAGUGGUUCGAGACCUUAUGGGAAGAUGUGAGAAGAUUGCACAGAAAAUGACUAAAGAUGUCACCCAGGUCAUAGAAGCGGGUAUGGGCUCCAUCAAGCAUCCCAAAGUCCUGAACAGCAAAUUAACACUACAGCCAUAUCAGGUGAUUGGCUUGAAGUGGCUGAUUCUUCUGCACCAGCACAAGCUGAGCGGCAUCCUAGCAGAUGAAAUGGGGCUGGGUAAAACCAUUCAGGCCAUCUCUUUCCUGGCUCAUUUGUAUGAAAAAGGAAUCAAGGGCCCUCAUCUUAUUACCGUACCCUCGUCCACACUGGAUAACUGGGUUCGUGAGCUGGGUCUUUGGUGUCCUAGUCUCAAAGUUCUUAUUUACUAUGGGUCUGUGGAAGACCGCAGAUAUUUGCGACAAGACAUCCUCAGUGGUUUGGUUGAAUUCAACAUCAUAGUAUCCACCUACAAUCUCACAAUAGGGAAUGACCAUGACCGCAGUCUGUUCCGCAAGCUGAGGCUGAAGUAUGCAGUGUUUGAUGAAGGCCACAUGCUAAAGAAUAUGAACUCGCUGCGCUACCGCCAUCUCAUGGCCAUCAAUGCUGAGCACAGAUUGCUGCUGACUGGAACACCUUUACAAAACAACCUGCUGGAGCUCAUGUCCCUGCUGAACUUCAUCAUGCCCUCUAUGUUCUCUAGCAGCACCUCACAGAUCUCCAAAAUGUUCUCUACGAGGUCGUCAGAAGAGGAAAGCAGUUUUCACAAGGAGAGAAUCGCGCAGGCCAAACUUAUCAUGAAGCCAUUCAUCCUGAGACGAGUCAAGCGUGAGGUGUUGAAAGAACUUCCACCAAAAGUGGAGAAAAUUGAAAUGUGUCCCAUGAGUGACGCCCAGCAGAAGCUGUAUGACAAACUUUUCGAAAGACUCAAGAAGACUCCAAAUGGAGACAAGCGGGAGCUUUGCAAUGUGAUGAUGCAGCUGAGAAAGAUGGCUAAUCAUCCGUUGCUGCACCGCCAGUACUAUACCAGUGACAAAUUGGCUGCCAUGAGUAAAGCCAUGCUUAAGGAGCCGUCACAUUUUGAUGCCGAUCCUGCGCUGAUCCAGGAGGACAUGGAAGUGAUGUCUGAUUUUGAGCUGCAUAAUUUAUGUAAGCAGUACUGCUCCAUUAGCAAUUUUCAGCUGAAUAAAGAGCUCAUCUUAGAUUCUGGGAAGUUUGCGCUGUUAACCAAGACGCUCGCCGAGCUCAAAGAAAAGGGUGACAGGGUUGUGCUUUUCAGUCAAUUCACCAUGAUACUGGACAUUGUGGAGAUGCUGCUUAAGAACCUUGAUCAUCAGUUUGUUCGACUAGAUGGUUCUACUCCCAUGGCGGAGAGGAUUGGUCUCAUUGACAAAUACAAUACAAGUCCUGAGAUAUUUGUGUUCCUUCUGUCGACCCGGGCUGGUGGCCAGGGAAUAAACCUGGCCUCGGCUAACACAGUCAUACUGCAUGAUAUUGAUUGCAAUCCAUUUAAUGAUAAACAAGCAGAGGACCGCUGUCACCGAAUGGGGCAAACCAGAACAGUGCAGGUGAUCAAGCUCAUCAGCAGGGACUCAAUUGAGGCCAGCAUGCUCCGCGUUGGACAGGAGAAGCUAAAAUUGGAACAGGACAUGACCACUGAUGAAGGUGAGGACGGUGCUAUGACUGAACAAAUGGCAGAGCUGCUCAAAGUUUCACUUGGCCUUUGAAACCUAAAGAACAUGGAGCAAUAGCUGCUUGUGGAUUUCCCUUCACUCAUCAAGUGCUAACAGCAACCUGAAACCAUAAACCUGGCCUUUUGAUUACCAGCUUACUUCAUGGGGGAUUUGGUGAAGAUUGGCACUUUUUCCAAUGUUCAAAUAUUUGAGGUCAGUUAUUAAAUGCACACAAAUCUUGGACCAAUGUUCUGGCCAUAGAGGAGACUGUAUUACUCUGGGUACUGUAUUACUAUUAUACUUGGUAAUCUUCCACACUAUGUCUUAUGUGCCAUCAGAAUGACUGUACUUAACCCACCAGGGAAUUUAGCCCCCACAGGACUGGCGAGUUGGUUCCAGAUUACAGACCUUCUGUAAGGCACUGCU